AUGAAGACGACAACAGCAGCACCCGUUACUAAGUCGAUGAACGUAAGGAAUGCAGUGCCGCCGAGAAGUCACACUUUUCUAGAAAUUCACCUUUCAAUGACUGGCAUAAUGACACAGGAGUUGAGUGCAAAUCGUUACAAAGCGUUUAUUGCGAAGAACAAUAAACUGAGCGCCACCAGCUGUGCAGAUGACGGUAAGAGCCGGAGUCAAGGGCCUACGCUCGCGAUGACUCGGUGGAUCCAACAAAGGCAGGUAUAAGCAGGAGAAGAAGCAAGACAAGGAAAGUGACUGAAUGAGAAGAUGGCUGCAAAGAGCUACAGGCCCAACAGCAGCAGAAGAGUGCUUUCAGGUGGCAAGUUUGGGAACCUUCACAAUUUUGAGAACUUUGCGGUAACUAAGGACUUUAUACCUUUUUGUCGUCAGUUUUAAGGACUUCGCUUAUCAUGUGAUUAAAUCUGCGUUUUCGCCCAAGCGUACCUCUCGAAAGACGCAAAGGACUGCUGACGGAUUUCAUAAUCUCAACAUUCAGCUAAUGUUGUAUUUAAGGGGCAAGAACACUAGAGGAUAGUUCUGUUUUAGGCCAAUUCUGUGCAGAAGUCAUUACUUCAGUAGUGCCUAGUAUACACAAAAUGCUCACCUACAGUUAUGACGGAAGAAGUUAUCAAACAAAGUUAUGCAGGCAUAACAUUUUAAAAACUACUUGAAAAAGUUUAUCCAAAUAUUUUAAAUUUUCAACCCACUUACAUCCUUGCCAACCAUAGGAACAUAUGACAGGAAACAGUUCACAUGACUAAAUAUAGUCUUAUAAAACAAAACUGUAACAUUAUUUUUGGAAUUCGGUUGAGGCGUAGAUACGUUUUAGCUUAAAAAGAUAGAAAAUAGUGUGACAGUGCCCCUUUAAGAGUUAACCUUUCUUUUUAAAAAAGGAGGGAAUACAGGUGUCGCAUUAUUAUUCUUUAUGCAUAUUCGUUAUGCCCGUUAUGCUUCGUUAUGCCUGUUAUGCUCCGUUAUGCGCGACCAAUAGUUUAAUAAAAAAUCUUUGCUUAAGUGUUACUCAUCUAUUUAGCUAAAUGUACAUAUUUAAACAGUUUUAAAUAGCAAUUAAAGCGUUGUUGUUGGUUGUGAUUCGGUAAGAAUCAGCAUUUCAAGAGACUUAACAAUGUUUAUUUGGAUUUAUUCAGGAUACUUUUCGUGGCGGUAUACCAUUAGAACUUAAACAAAACUUUAUGGAGAGACUUCAACCUUGCGGCAAAUAUAUUCUUUGCAAAUAAUAUUCUUUUGUGUCCACGAAGACAUUUAACAUUAUUCAUUUCGGAUUUAAAGAUGGCGUGUCAGUGGAAGCCUCGCAUGUCAUUUACCUUGAUUAACUUAGCAAUUUUUGGAAUUUUGAUCAUGCUAACUUUGGUGGAAAUAAAGAAAGGUAAGUGAACUAACUAAAUAAAUACUAAUGAUGUCAUAAAUUCAACAGAAACGAAACCUUGCCUUUGAUCUCAGUGAAAUCGAAUGAAAACUGAAUCGAUAACGAAUCUGUUAUUUAUUUCAGCCAUUUCAUGCUACGAGACACGUAUCACAACAACUCAACAACAACAACUUUAUUUUGAAUUGACAAAAAAAGUAAUACAAUAUACGAUAUCAAGGAGCUUUUAGAAUCAAAAAAGACGACAGAGUGAGAUAUUGAAUGCUUGUAAGUUGUUUCUAUCCUUUAAGUGUGUAUAAAAUUUAGUCAAGCGUAUUGCUUUAUUUUGCAUCCAUGCCAGAAGUAAACGUUACCUGACUAUUUACAGACUCCCCCACCCUGUUUCGUAGAAUAUGCUCAAACUGAUGCGUCAGAUAUAAUGAAAAUACUAGAAAAAUUAGACGCGUUUUAGGCCCGGGUGGAGUGCUGUACCGGUUCAUAUGAUCAAAACUUAAUUCACAGUUUGGUUUGACCUAAAAUUAUUCAGUCGGCUUUUGAGUCAAGACGGGUUGAACUUAAUUCAGCCGAACGUAGAAAAGAAAUGUAGAACCGGUCUUUUUGCUCCAGGUUUUUGCUUAGUGCUUACUAGCGACGGAAGCCGAGAGAGUGGAAACCGUGAAAUGGGGAUGGAACAAGCCAUCCUUUGUACUUACUAUUAAUGAAGGAGACGGACACGAAAGCAUAUGGCAGAUACGGUGACACAAAAAAACUUCCCUCCCUUCUCUUCUUCCUUCUCCGUAUUUCGUUUCAUUUUCUGCUUCCGUAUAUCUAACUAACCGGGCCGAGUAGGUCCACAUCCCAGUUAAAACCAAAAGCGACAACGGAGACAGAGAGCUUCAGUCAAGGCUCUAUCCCAGUCCUUCAACCCCAGACGUGUGGUAUAUGUACUGUUGAAAGAUAUUUUUUAGGGGAAUUAGCGGGUUCUUAGUCUUCGACAAAAGGACGAUGCUUGCUACGUUUUUUUUUUUUUUUCUACUUUCUUUUUUUGCCGGUCUAUACAAGUCCGUUAUUCUUUAAAAACUUCGCUAGCUAAAAUUCUCUCUCCGAUCAAAACUGUAACACCUCCCCCUUUUUAUGAUGACCAGAAAACCCAUAUUAUACCUUAAUACGUAAAACUUCUGUGAUUGGCGAGGUGAGAUUCAUUAGCAUUGAGCCUUCGAGUAGUUUACCCUUUCAAAACACUGUUCUUUCUUAGACUCCAUUUACCCGGGUUCGGGUUCAAUUUUUGAACGGACAAACCUUGCACGUAUACGCCUUUCGUUCACACGGAAAAGGAGCAACCGUACAUGGACAAGUUUUUGAACGGAAAUCAGCAUGCAGUACUGCAAUUUGUAACAGAAUUUGGAUGGUUCCGUUCAAACGAAUUGCAAAGGUAAAAAAUUCGUCCGUUCAAAAAUUUGGCAAGAUGGCCGUGUACAGUCAACUUUCGGCUUGCUGACACCUCACUAUAACGGACACCCCGAUAAUAUCAACAGCGGCUUAAUCCCAGGCAAAAAUAAAUUACAGAAGUUUGACUGAAAUAAACUUCCGCUAUUACGGACUCUCGCUAAUGAGGACACUAACUCAAGGUCCCUGCAGUGUCCGCGAUAAGGGAGUUCAUUGUAAUCGGGGUCUCAAACUUCACCUUAUAUUUAAGGCAUAUGUAUUUUUACGAUAAGAAGAGUUGCCUCGAAAGCUUACCAGAGUAGAACAUCUACUGAUUUAACACCGAAUCCAUCAUGACAGGAGAAGACUUAUGUCAAUCGCAAAAACUUUAAGGGGUGCCUUCUAAAACUAAACAAAGAAGGCAUGCAUUUCGAUCUAAAAUAUUCCAUACUUAACUAAUCAUAUAGAAAUUGGGGAAUGCAGUAUGGCGAAAAAAAAAUUUGCUGAAACUUCCAUUGCUUGCAUUUUUAUUGCUUAACAAUACUGAAAAUGGCAAGGCUCACAGCAGAUAUUUACCUCAGAAGUUGUGUAAUUCAUCUCAGAAAAAUUCCCCUUCCACAUUAAAUAAGGUCAUGGACUAAGCGCCGGAAAAAGACAAAAACACUUUUCCUUUUUGUUCUGUUUCAGAAGGGACUGGAAUGCAGACCAAUGUGUCGGUAAAUAUUACACACUACAUAAUGUAAUAUGAAAUAGAAGUGCGUAAUAUUGUGUUAGUCACAAAAUGCUCGAAUGAUUCUGAUCCCGCAUAUAAGAACCUAACAACGAUGACAAUUUCUCCAAUCUAAUUAGCAAUCAGCAGACCUGAUUUCAUCCCGAAUACGACAGUUUAAUAGGACAGUACUUGUUGUGGGACACUGAGGUACCCUUGUACAAAUGCUAAUAUCUCUACUUAGUACAGUCCAGUCAAGAGAGAGCUCAUUCUCUUUUGGUACAGUGGAAUCUCGAUCUGCGACCAAUCACCUUUCGCAAGCGACCACUUCCUAAAAGCAUCAACCACUUAUCCAAAACACCUGCAAACUUUUCCCAGUCAAAGCUUUACAGUUGGAACCUCUCGUAAAAGGCCAAUGCUGUACGCGACCGCGCGGACCACUUUUAGGGGAUGACGGUUUUAUAAUUCUCCAAAUUUUCGUCUUUUGCCUUUUCUUCCAUAUAAAAGUUUGGUUUAAGCCUAGGAGACGUUAAAUGGAAGUCAAGAAACGUUGUUGGGUUCGUUUCUUUGACUGGAUGAUAAGCAGUAACAAAUAACGAAAGCUUGCCUUUUUGUAGCCUCCCCCGCAGACAGCGUGACACACGCCUAAGAAUGUCUGCGGGGGAGGCUAGCGUUUUUGAAUUUUUCUCCAGCUUCCCGCCAUCGUAGAGAUCCCGCUUCCGGCCCUUUCCUCUCCCGUCUCCCGUACCCGUCCCGCCCCUGUUCUCCCGGGCUCCCGCCCCCCUGUCCCCCGCCACUUGUAAGCAAUCCCUUGAUGUAUGAUCUGAUUUCAAUUUUUUGCUGUAUGCGCUAUGCUCCUCACACUAUACUUUAGUAAAGUUAAAAGCGAGUUUAAACUUAUCCAUUAAUUUCGCUGUUGUCCCAUUACAAGCACAGACCAAAUAAAACGUUCUUACCUUUUUGCCGCCGGGGUUUGGCUGCAACGAUUCAGGAUGAAAACUCUUCACGUUAAAUUUUUCUUUUUACUUUUCAGACAAUGACUGACAGAUCAGAACAAGAUCGUUACAUGGCUGGAAUACAAGAAAGGAGAAAACAGCAGCUUAAAAAUUACUGCUUAGUACAUAAUGAUCAAAAGUUACCCUGGGAAGUAAAACGACAACUCGAGCAAUUUCUUAUCGACGAUGACAAUAAAUUUAUUUACUGUGCCGUUCCCAAGGUGGGAAGUACUCCAAUGAGGAUGACAAUGCUACGUUUGAGAAAUGACAGCAACUUAAAACUUACAGAAAGUUCAGUUCAUUCUCCAACGUUUUGGAGACGUUUAAGUGAUGACGAAUUCAAUGCAAGAGAGUUAUCAAAACGCUUAUCUACACAUUUCAAGUUUCUGUUGGUUCGCGAUCCGUUUCACCGACUUCUAUCCGGCUACAAAGAUAAAUUCUUUGGAAAAAAUAGACGGUACUCCAAUAGAUUUCGUCAAAUGAUAGUGAAAGCUUUAAGGCCACAGGAUGAGGAGAAAGUUGCAACAGACACGAAUAACGUUACAUUCACCGAAUUUCUAACGUAUCUCUUAUCUGAUGGAAACCCGAUGAUUCGCGAUGGUCACUGGAAGCAAGUAGAAAAUCUUUGCUUUCCGUGUGCUUUUGACUUCGACUUUAUUGGCCAUUUUGAGACGCUUCAAGAGGACGCAGAUUAUUUGCUGAGUAAAGCGGGUUUUAAUGACCGUGUUGAAUUCCCAGUUGUACGGACAUCACAGGUUUCUCGAGAUUUCUUAAUGUAUUACUCAGAAGUUCCACCGGAAAUUAUACUUAAGCUGGGAGAGGCUUUCAGAAGUGACUUUGAAAUAUUCGGGUAUGCAUUUCCUGGACCUCUUAAAAGUAUAAUUAAAGACUACUUGAGUGAUAGAGCAGGCGAUAGAGCUCAAUUAAUUGAUUAA